AUGACCCAGCUGCGGGCCACCAAGCCUGGACUUGUGCUGGGCGCCCUCCUGGGCAUCGCCGUUUUCCUCUAUUUACGGAACCCAGGCCCCGAGGACCCGGAGGAGGAGCCCACCUACCCGGCUGUGGUGGAGUGCGGCUUCUACCCUGAGGAGUUGUGCUCAGCCUUAUUUGAAGGCAAAGGGGCAGCCCCCCAGAUUGCCAGGUUCUGUAAACCCCCUCACGGCUCCGAGACCCUCGCUGUCUUGCGCAGCCCAGGCAACUGCUCCCAGCUGGUCCGGGGCUUGCACUUCAUCACCAGACCACUGUCCGCAGAAGAGGCCAACUGCUCCCUGGCCUACGUGGUCACCGUGCGCAGGGAGCUGGCCUUGUCCGUGCGCCAGCUCAGGGCCAUUUACGCGCCCCAGAAUGUGUACUGCAUCCAGGUGGACGAACGGGCCCCCAAGAGGCUCAAGGCUGCCGUGCAAACCCUGGCCAGCUGCCUGGAGAACGUCUUCACUCUGUCAGACGUGGCUGCCUCCGGCUUCCCGAGACUCCAGGCUGAUGUCGACUGUAUGAAAGCUCUGGUCCAUUCCAGGUUCCCGUGGGACCAUGUCAUUAGUCUCGGGGGGCAGGAUUUCCCCCUCAAAACCAACAGGGAGAUUGUCCGCUUCCUCCGAAGCCGGUGGGACGGGAAGAAUCUCAUUCCUGGAGGGGUUCAGCCACCCAGUAGCAAUCUCAAGGCCAAUCACAGCCACUCCAGAUCCACCCUGGGAACAAACACCCCUGAAUCUCCAAAGAAGACGUUCAAGCAGGAAGCACCGCAUAACCUCAAGGUCUACUUUGGAAGCGCUUACUAUGUCCUGACAAGGAAGUUUGUGGAGUUUGUCCUGAGCGACGUCCGGGCAAAGGACCUGCUUGAGUGGUGCAGGGACACCCCGAGCCCGGAGCAGCUCUACUGGGUCACCCUGAACCGUGUGGCAGAUGCCCCAGGAGGUGCCCCAGACACCAGCUGGGAAGGAAACAUCCGUGCUGUCAAACGGAAACACCAGGAGGGAGCUGCUCACGGAGGGUGCAAAGGCCAUUACGUCCAUGAUGUCUGUGUGUACGGACUGGGUGACCUGCCGUGGCUCGUCCGCUCGCCUGCUCUGUUUGCCGGUGAAUUCGAGUUCUCCACAGACCCCCUGGUGGUGACGUGCCUAGAGCGGCGACACAGGCUGCGCGCGCUGCAGCAGGCAGAGGGGCCCGUGGAGCCACCGUGGCACUUCCAACAGCACAGCCACUUCAACACGCGACUGAGUCACUGA